AUGUCGACCACAGACUUCAAUUUACUACAAAAGAUUAAACAAACGUGCGGGAAAGGAGAGAAGCGCGUCGCGAAGCAACGCGUUCGCAAUGACACCGGAGCACCAGCUCUGACUACUCCCGACAAAACAAGUGCAGCAAUGGCAAAUUUGUUAAAAACACUGCCAGACUAUAGCGUUGCAACUCGGAAGACGAUCGACUCCGGAAAUUUUGAGACGUUUCCGAUUGCAGGUGACUUACCAAGACUUUUGAAACACAUGACACUCUUCGAAGUGCAGGACGACAAAUACUUUUGUAUCUUUCCAAAGAAGGAAUUGGUUGAAUCGUAUAUUACAUCUUCGUUGGCUUCCACUGAAGGAAAAGCAGUCACUGCCGGAGACUGCCUGAAAAUCAUGCAAUCGGUCACAUCUGUUUUUGAGGCUGAAAAACUUGAUAAAUUAACUAGCGAGUGGAACGGCGUGAUGGACAACUCUGCAGACCUGUCGAUUCAAAAAACGUUUUUAAUGCAAAUUCUGAAAAAAGUGUAUGUCGAAGACUCUGAUGGCGAAAGCUCGACUAUCAUGUUUUUAAAAGCAAUUAACCAAAAGAUUAUUGGUCCGUCCACCAUGAGAAUUAAAUGUCAGUGCCAGUGCUCUGGUGGUGUUGUGAUUAAAGACGCACAACCGAUGCUUUGGGAAGUUGCUGUUAUUAUUACAGAAGACAAAACUAUUAUUUCACAUUAUAGAAGGCAAGAAACGAGCUCGAAAAAUCCCAAUGAAUAUUUCAGAUUUUUGUGGGAAUUGAGAAUGACGUUCAGUAGAGAUUUGACACAACUCGAAGGACUUGUCAUGGGUGUGACGGAAAUUGAAUUCAAUCCAGAGACAACUGACUCGGUCAGAGACAAAAUUAGUAACGCAUUGGAGUCACUAAAGCUGCCGGACUGCUUUGUGGGAGACAUUGAUGAGUGA